CAAUGGUCGUCACUCCGACUUCCAGCGGCAGUAAAGAAGAGAGGUCGACCAAAGGAAAAUAAAGGCUAUUUUCAAUCGUUUCAUAAACAACUGAAGAAAGCUCGCGUUGAGCCUGUUAGCUCGGUGGUGCAAGAGUUGUUGGACGAAGAAGAUGCCAUACGACAAGAAGAGGAAAACUUAAAUGCUUCGUCGGAUGACCGUCCAGCUUUGAUCGAUGAUAUUGACAAUCGAUCAUCACCACCGAUCAGCCCGGCUGAAGAUUCUUCAAUUAUAUGUGUGGAGCCUGUUGGGGUAGCUAUAAAUCAUAAUUCAAUUAACAUUAAGGUAUUGAAAUAACAAAAAUUUUAUCACCCUAUAACAUGCAGGCACAUGAGCCUGUUAAACGUAGACAAAAGUUGGGUGAUGAACCCAUGCUGUUUUUGGAUAAGCUUGAACCACUUACCAAUAUGAGCCAGUUAACAUCAGGACAAAUAAACCAGGCACAAGUUCUUCUAAAGCAGCAAUACCCAACCAUUGGUGGGUUGUUUUGCUGUACCAAUGGAGCCUCUCUCGAUUUCCCAAAAGCAACUGGAGAGCAAUGGCUUCAAAUUGUCCAUAAUGGGAAGGAUCACUGGGUUCUUGUCACAAAGGGGUUUGGUGAUUCUGAAUAUGUUUCACUAUACGAUAGUCUGACUGGAAAAAACUGGCACAAUGAGCACAUACUCAGCUGCAUGUCUAGCCUUUCUAAAACACCUGGAAAGGAAAUGAGAUAUGUAAUUAAGUCAGUUCAGCGUCAAAGCAACUCUUUUGAUUGUGGAAUAUUUGCCAUUGCCUUUGCUGUUAGUUUGGCUAAUGGCCAAGAUCCCACUACAGUAACGUAUGACCCAAAGAAGCUGCGACCACAUCUCAUGAGUUGCUUUGAAUCUGGAGUACUUACAUCAUUUCCAUGCACCAUGAAACGUACCACCAGGAUUCAUGUGGAUGAAAUAAGAAAGAUUUCUGUAUUCUGCCACUGCAGAAGAACUGCACACACUCAAUCAUCAGAAAACUGGGAAAUGAUUGAGUGUGUAAACUGCCUAGAUUGGUUCCAUAGAAUGUGCGAUGAAUAUCCAGUUGAUACUGAGAUACCAUGGUUGUGUAGAAAUUGCAAAUAAAUAACUUGAUGUGAUUCAGAAU